UUCCUUUGGGGGUCUUUGAAUGUUAUAAAUUAGAGUAAAAUAUGUACAAGCUAGCAUUGACAGAAAAUUAUUGAUAAUAUUUAUUGCAGUGGAUAAUUUUCGCGAAAAUCCUAAAACUCGACUGCAUGUUUGCAAAUAACAGUUGGGCAUUGAACUCACCAACAACGUGUAGAGUAGUGUGUGUGUGUGUUGUUUGCUACGGUAGCUCGUUCAAAACACGGAGAUGUAACUUUAUAUAUCCAUUCAUCCAGCCGAUGGAAAUAAGACAAAAUUAAACAAGUUUGGUUUCUUUCUCCUAAGUCUUGUGUGAAGCGAAGCACUGCCAAAAUGGUGAAGGAGCAGUUUAGAGAGACGGACGUUGCCAAGAAAAUAAGCCACAUUUGCUUCGGCAUGAAAUCCGCUGAUCAAAUGCGUCAGCAAGCCCAUAUUCAGGUGGUCAGUAAGAAUCUGUACAGCCAGGAUACCAAACACUCGCCAUUGUCUUAUGGAGUGUUGGACCACCGUAUGGGGACCAGCGAGAAAGACCGACCGUGUUUAACAUGUGGGAAGAAUCUGGCUGAUUGUUUGGGACACUAUGGUUACCUGGAUCUGGAACUGCCGUGUUUUCAUGUUGGCUACUUUAAAGCUAUAAUUGGAAUUUUACAGAUGAUUUGCAAAACAUGCUCAAGCAUCAUGCUGACCAAAGAAGAAAAGAUGCAGUUCAUGGAGAUGUUGAAACGGCCCAACCUCCCCUACCUCCAGAAACGAGGCCUGAAGAAGAAGAUCUCUGAUAAAUGCCGCAAAAAAACCAUUUGUGUCAAUUGUUCAGCAUUUAACGGAACGGUAAAGAAGUGUGGCCUGUUGAAGAUCAUCCAUGAGAAGUACAAAACUACAAAGAAAGUGAUAGAACCGUUUGUGUCAGAGUUCCUGCAAUCCUUUGACACGGCCCUCGAGCACAACAAACUCAUGGAGCCGCUUCUGCCUCGUGCGCAGGAAAACCUUAACCCUCUGGUGGUGCUCAACAUCUUCAAGCGUAUCUCGCAAGAGGACAUACCGCUGCUGCUGAUGAACCCCGAAGCGGGGAAACCGGCCGACCUCAUCCUCACCCGCCUGCUCGUUCCCCCGCUGUGCAUCCGACCUUCGGUGGUCAGCGACCUCAAGUCGGGCACCAACGAGGACGACCUCACCAUGAAGCUCACUGAGAUCAUCUUUCUCAACGACGUCAUCAAAAAGCAUCGCAUGACUGGUGCCAAGACACAGAUGAUCAUGGAGGACUGGGACUUCCUCCAGCUGCAGUGCGCGCUGUACAUCAACAGCGAGCUUUCUGGCAUCCCGCUCAACAUGGCGCCCAAGAAAUGGACAAGAGGCUUUGUGCAAAGACUCAAGGGAAAGCAAGGUCGAUUCAGAGGAAACCUGUCAGGCAAAAGAGUGGACUUUUCCGGCAGAACUGUCAUCUCUCCUGACCCAAAUCUAAGGAUUGACGAAGUGGCCGUACCUGUGCAUGUUGCCAAAAUCCUGACAUAUCCUGAGAGGGUAAACAAAGCCAACCUGGAGCUUAUGAGAAAACUAGUUCGCAACGGUCCGGACGUUCACCCUGGCGCUAAUUUUAUAGAGAAUCGGAAAAACAAAAUAAAAAGGUUCUUGAAAUACGGCAACCGAGAGAAGUCUGCUCAGGAACUGCGCUUUGGCGACGUGGUGGAGAGACACAUGAUAGAUGGAGACAUCGUCCUUUUCAAUCGACAGCCCUCACUACAUAAGCUCAGCAUCAUGGCUCACAUUGCCAGAGUCAAGCCUCACAGGACUUUCCGUUUCAACGAAUGUGUGUGCACGCCGUACAACGCUGACUUUGACGGCGACGAAAUGAAUCUCCACCUACCUCAGACCGAAGAGGCCAAAGCUGAGGCUCUCAUCCUAAUGGGGACAAAAGCAAAUCUGGUGACACCGAGAAAUGGCGAGCCGCUAAUUGCUGCUAUUCAAGAUUUUCUAACAGCGGGUUACCUCCUGACACUGAAGGACACCUUUUUUGACCGAUCCAAAGCCUGUCAAAUCGUGGCAUCCAUCCUUGUUGGGAAGGACGAAAAGGUCAAAAUUGCACUUCCCCGCCCGUCUAUUAUGAAGCCCAUGGCUUUAUGGACGGGCAAGCAGAUUUUUAGCCUCAUUCUGAAGCCCAGCAAAGAAUGCCCCGUCAAGGCUAACCUGCGGACCAAGGGCAAACAGUACUGCGGUAAAGGCGAAGACUUGUGCUACAAUGACUCAUUCGUGGUAAUCCACAACAGUGAGCUGAUGUGUGGCAGCAUGGACAAAAGCACCUUGGGCUCAGGCUCUAAAAACAACAUCUUCUACAUCCUGCUGAGAGAUUGGGGACAGCUCGAGGCAGCCAACGCCAUGUCCCGCCUCGCACGACUCGCCCCAGUGUAUCUUUCUAACCGAGGCUUUUCAAUUGGUAUUGGGGACGUCACGCCUGGCCAGGGAUUGCUAAAGGCCAAGCAGGACCUGCUAGAUGAAGGCUACCACAAAUGUGACGAAUACAUUGAGGCCCUGCAGACAGGCAAGCUGCAGCAGCAGCCCGGAUGCACAGCUGAGGAGACUCUCGAGGCACUCAUCCUGAGAGAGCUAUCUGUCAUCAGAGACCGGGCGGGCAGCGCCUGUCUCAGGGAGCUGGACAAGAGCAACAGUCCUUUGAUUAUGGCUCUGUGCGGCUCCAAAGGAUCUUUCAUUAAUAUCUCUCAGAUGAUUGCAUGCGUAGGCCAGCAGGCCAUAAGUGGAUCUCGGGUACCUGAUGGCUUUGAAAAUCGUUCCCUGCCUCACUUUGAAAAGCACUCCAAAUUGCCUGCGGCAAAAGGGUUCGUGGCCGACAGCUUCUACUCUGGCCUUACGCCUACAGAGUUCUUUUUCCACACAAUGGCCGGCCGUGAGGGCUUGGUUGACACCGCUGUGAAAACAGCAGAGACUGGUUACAUGCAGCGGCGUUUGGUAAAGUCCCUGGAGGAUCUCUGCUCCCAAUAUGACCUCACUGUGCGAAGCUCCACUGGCGACAUCAUCCAAUUUAUCUAUGGCGGCGACGGUCUGGAUCCCGCUGACAUGGAAGGCAAGGACGAACCGCUGGAGUUCAAGAGGGUCCUAGACAACAUUCGGGCGGUCCAUCAAUGUUCAGAUGAGCCCACGCUCAGCCAGGGCGAGCUGGUUCUGACUUCAGAUGCUAUCAUGAAGAAAGCUGACUUUUUGUGCUGCAGAGACAGCUUCUUGGAGGAAAUUAAAAAAUUCAUCAAGGGCGUAUCUGAGAGGAUCAAGAAGACCAGAGAUAAGUACGGCAUCAACGACAACGGUACCAGCGAGCCCAAAGUCCUUUAUCAGCUGGACCGUAUAACCCCCACGCAGCUAAACAAGUUUUUGGAAACCUGCAGGGACAAAUAUAUGAGAGCGCAAAUGGAACCUGGCUCAGCAGUGGGAGCUCUUUGCGCCCAGAGUAUUGGAGAACCAGGCACUCAGAUGACCUUGAAGACCUUCCACUUUGCCGGUGUGGCAUCCAUGAACAUCACCCUUGGCGUGCCUCGCAUCAAGGAGAUCAUCAAUGCCUCCAAGAACAUCAGUACCCCGAUCAUCACAGCCCAUUUAGACGUCGAGGAUGACUCUGACUUUGCCCGACUGGUAAAGGGGAGAAUCGAGAAAACGCUCCUCGGCGAGAUUUCUGAGUACAUCGAAGAGGUUUUUCUACCUGAUGACUGUUUUAUCUUGGUCAAAUUGUCCCUGGAGCGAAUAAGGCUGCUGCGAUUAGAGGUGAACGCCGAGACUGUGCGUUACUCCAUCUGCAUGUCAAAGCUGCGGGUGAAGCCCGGAGAUAUCGCUGUGCACGGCGAAGCAGUGGUGUGCGUGUCACCGAGGGAAAACAACAAAAGCUCGAUGUACUAUGUGAUGCAGUCGCUGAAGGCAGAGCUUCCAAAGGUGGUGGUUCAGGGUAUACCUCAAGUGGCCCGGGCUGUCAUUCACAUCGAUGAGCAGAGCGGCAAGAACAAAUACAAAUUGCUGGUGGAGGGUGACAACCUACGAGCUGUCAUGGCAACCCAUGGCGUGAAUGGAAGCAGGACUACUUCCAAUAACACCUACGAGGUGGAGAAGACGUUGGGUAUUGAGGCGGCCAGGUCCACAAUCAUCAAUGAGAUUCAGUACACAAUGGUCAACCACGGGAUGAGUAUCGACCGGCGCCACGUUAUGCUUCUCGCUGACCUCAUGUCUUACAAGGGGGAGAUUCUUGGAAUCACUAGGUUCGGUUUGGCCAAAAUGAAGGAGAGCGUCCUUAUGCUGGCGUCCUUUGAGAAAACAGCCGACCACCUCUUUGAUGCCGCCUACUUCGGUCAGAAGGACUCUGUCUGCGGCGUGUCUGAGUGCAUCAUCAUGGGCAUUCCAAUGAAUAUCGGCACAGGCUUAUUUAAACUGCUGCACAAGACGGAAAGGGACCCUUCCCUGGCGAAAAGGCCACUGCUGUUUGACAAUCCCGACUUUCAUAUUCCUCUCUUCACGUAACAGCGAGGAAAUAAAGACAUCUGAUACCAAUUCAGUAUGUAAGUGCCUGGUUACAUCACAUCUUUUUUUGUAAGGUGCUUGGACUCGAGAGAAAUGCUUUUUGUUAAUCUAUAUAUUUAUAGAAGAUCAAAUCAUGUAUUGGGAUGAUUUUUUUUGUUUGUUUGAUGAUCCCCUUAAUGAUUGGUCACUACAAAAUGUUUAAGGGCUUGGCUUUUGUUUGUCUAAUGGAACUUUCAAUCAUGUCAAAUUGUCACAAGGUGGUAUACUUUGGCGUUCAACCACUGAAAUUCAUCAAGACUUCAGCUCAAGGGCAAUUUAGGUUAGUCCAUUUUGUGAGGUCACCAAGGUAAAUGUUCUGUUACCAUGCAACGGGUUAUAACACAGAAAGGAGACUGUCUGGCUCAUCUUUACAAUAUGAGCAAGAAAGGAAAUAUAACUCAUUGAUUGCCAUUGUGCAUUAAGCUUAUUUCUUUUCAAAAUAGAUCGGUCGCAUUUGACUUGAGAGGUUCCACUGCAAAUUAAAAAAGUAAUUAUCUUUUUUAAAGCCCAUUUGUGUAAUGUAAGUGAAAUAAAGCACUGUCAAAAAGUCCUUUCAAAUAUGCUUUUAGCUUCCUUUCCAGCUCUCUUGAGACUUCAUAAACAUUGGAAAAAAACAGUAUCAUCAGUGCUAUUUUUGUCUCACUUGUAAUAAUGACAUAUUCAGUGGGGUACUCUGUCCUUUAACUUAAUUGAUUCAUAAAAUGGAGGUCCAAAUGAUGCACAAAAUAUGUUUCAAAAGAGCUAGGACUCAUUUUAAUACAGUGACAUUUACCACGAAAACAUAUGUACAUAAGCAUAACGGCUCAGUGUUCAGCUGUUGCUUUCGUAUCAUUACAAAUAAAGAUGGGACCAAUCCAAUCCAGUAUCUAGUUCCAGUACCAGUUUAAUUCAGGGAUUGGAAAUUACCGAUCCAAACUAUGUCGGUUUGUGAACAGGAUGACUUGUUUUUCUGACCUUGCAUACAGUACAUUCAUACCUGCCUGUAGGAAGGAGUUUUUUUUUUAAAAGCCCUAUACAAAAUCUACAACACCGAUUAACAUAAUACAA